AUGGAGCGCACGGUGUCGAUCUUCGGGUGGAUCUUCGGCGCCGACCCCCCCGAGACUCGGACGCCGUACCGCCUGUCCUACCUGGCCACACCCAACGUGGGCCUCCACGAGGAGGCGCUGCGGGCGCGGGCCGAGCACGAGCGCCGGGGCGCCCGGCGGGUGGCUUGCGAGCUGGCGCCCGCGUGCCCCACCCUGCGGCUCGUGCACGGCUUCCUCACGGCCCAGCCACGACUUCCACUCCGCCCCGCGGCUGGUUCGCCUGGCCGAGCGAGCGGCGACGGCGGAGCCCGACGAGCGGCUGCGGCUGAGCUAUGGCGCGGCGAAGCUGUGAGCGCCACGGCCCUGGGGCAUGCUUUACGAGCGACAAACACGUCCUACGAUAGGUUCGUGUCGUGUCGACCGGCGACGACCCCGCCGCACGGCUGCAUCCCGCGCAGGGCAUCCGCGACGGAAAACGCCCCGAAGGCCGCGGGUUCGCGGCUUUCGGGGCCCGAAGCCCGC